AUGACAGAAAUAGCAGCAAAUAUAAAAAUAGUACGGAAUAAAAUUAUUGCUGCUUCUUCUAACAGAUUACCGAUAUACAAAUAUUUUGAACCACGUUUAGUAGCUGUGAGUAAGUUAAAACCAAUUGAAUUAAUUGUUGAAGCUUACAAUGUUGGACAAAAACAUUUUGGUGAAAAUUAUGUUAAUGAAUUAGUAGAAAAGGGAAGUUAUCCAAAUAUUUUAGAAAACUGUCCAGAUAUACGUUGGCAUUUUAUUGGCCAUCUUCAACGUAAUAAAGUAAACAAGUUAUUAGGUGUUCCAAAUUUAUAUGUAAUUGAAACAGUAGAUAAUGAAAAGCUUGCAUCAGCAUUAAAUGUUUCUUGGCCCAAAUUUAGAAAAUAUGAUGACUUAAAAUUAAAAGUGAUGGUACAGGUUAAUACUAGCAACGAGCAAGAAAAAAAUGGAUGUGAAGUUACACAAGUUUGUUCUCUCGUUCGGCAUAUAGUUGCCAAUUGCGAGAACUUAGAAUUUAUGGGUAUUAUGACAAUAGGCAUGUUUGGAUAUGAUAUUACUAAAGGACCAAAUCCUGAUUUCUUGUGUUUGAAAGAAUGUAGAGAAAAAAUUGUCAAGGAAUUAAACAUGGAUUCCAAACAAAUAGAGUUAUCGAUGGGAAUGUCAAAUGAUUAUGAACAUGCGGUGGAGCUUGGAAGUACCAAUGUUAGAGUUGGUAGCGCUAUAUUUGGAGAAAGACCAAAGAAGGAUGUUAAAUGAAAUACAUAUACAUUUCUUGUAUAAUAUUGUUUUAAAUAUAUAUUUUGUUUAUGGUGUUGGAUUAAAAUUCGUUUGUAUAACGAAUUUCUAUGUAUAGGGUCAAGAGUUUUUCAUUAAUAACUCAGAAGGUAUUU